AUGAGCGACGUCGAGGCGGAGACGGCGGCCGAGGUCGAGCAAGAGGCGGGACCCUCCUCGCCCACCGCGCCCCCCGCCUACGAGAGCAUCGUGCUGAGCGAUCCCGAGCCAGCCCCGGCGGUAUCCGAAAUUGAGAAUAAUGCCGCGGCGUCCGGAGGGAACGCGUACCCGUCGCCCCCCGCGCAGCCCCCCGGCGCGCGCCUCGUCGCGCGCGUCACCGAGCCCGUCAAGAUAGGCGACGGCAUGACCGCGCACGCCGCGUACGUCGUCGCCGUCGACACCGACAUGCCCGUCUUCAGGCUCCCCAAGCUCAGCGUCCAGCGAAGGUUCUCCGACUUCACGUGGCUCAGGGACAAGCUCCGCGCCACCUUCCCCGGAAUCAUCCUCUACCCGCUGCCGGACAAGGUGGUCACCACCUCCCCGUUUAACCCCGAGUUCCUGGAGCACAGGCGCGCGGGGCUGGACCUCUUCCUCCGCAAGACGUGCGAGCAUCCCGCGCUUCGCGAGUCCAUCGACCUGGUCGCGUUCCUGCAGGACGAGCACGGCGCCUCUUUGGGCAGCGCCGCGAGCCCGUGGUACCAGCGCGGCGCCGCCGGCACCGCGCUCGCGGCCGCAGACUCGUGGUGGCAGCAGAUCACCACCGCGACGGAGUCGUUCGUCGCGGGUGCGGGCACCGAGUCGCUCCUGAUGGAGGAGGAUCCGAAAUACCUGGAAGCGACCGAGUAUUUGCUACUGCUGGAGGAGAGGCUCCGGCGCGCGGUCCGAUCGAGCGACGACGUCGUCGGCGCGGUGAACGCCGGCGGGAUCAUCGUGGAGUCGUUCGCGGAGAACGCGAGGGUGCUGGGCGACUGCGAGGAGAAGGGCGCUAAGGUUCUCCUGGGCGACGCCGCGGGUGGGUUGGGCCAGGCGUUUCGACAGGUUGGCGCUGCCGCGCAGACUUUGCGCGCGCCGGCGGAGACGCAGGCCUGGCGGCUCGCGGACGCCUUCCGCGCGCCGCUCAAGCGCGGGCUCGCGCUGGUGCAGGCGGCCAAGGAGGCGAUCGACGCUCGCACCGACGCGCUGCUCAAGCUGCAGACGGCGAGGGCGCGGUGCGAGCAGAAGCGGGCGAGGUACGAAGCGGUCGCGGGCGGCGGAUCCAACGGGGUGAACGGCGCGGCCGGCGCCCCUCCGCCGGUCGCCCCCGCGCCCCCUCCCACGCUGGGAUCGACCUGGAUGUCCAGCCUGUCCAGCAUCACGAAGGGCGCCUUCGGUGGCGGGGCGGCGCAGCCAUCCGUCGAGGAACUCCAGAAGGAGGCUGAAUCUGCGGCGACGGCGAAGGACGUCGCGCAGAGCAGAUACGACGCGUUGAAGGACCGCAUGACCACCGAGCUGCCCAGGCUGCACGGGGAGCUGGAGAGCGAGCUUAACGCGGCGUUCGCGUGCGCGGCUGAGUGUUUCAAAGACCUCGCGGCGGCGCAGGCUGCGGCGUGGGAGAGCGUCGUGCCGGGAUGCUCCGACGUGGAGCCCGCGGCGCCGCCGCCGCUUCCGGAGAAGGGUACCGACGGGGCGACCGAAGGGCGAGUGAAGGCGUUGUGGACGCAGUACAUGGGAGGGUCGACGACGAACGGGGGAGGGUCGUCGGGGGGAUCGGCGGCGGCGGCGGCGGCGGCGGCGGCGGCGGAGGGAUCCUCGCCAACCGGGGUGCUGCCCGAGUGA